AUGGUCGGACUAGCAGGCGACUGGUACAGCCAGCAGAGCCUGCACACUCGCCAGAACAAGCUCAACACUUGGGAAGGAUGGAUCAAAGGUCUCCACACUGUCUUCCAAGGAGACAUCGCCAAAAAAGAAGCCACAGCAAUCGCUCGCAAAUGGGAAUACCGAACCGAGACGUCCGCUCGCUUCUUCUUUGAGAAGAAUAGACUCAUGAAAGCGGUAUACCCUGACCGCUCUCCUGCAAGCUUGGCCCGCGACAUCUGGAGAGGUCUACCUGAAACGUACCAGGGAAUGAUUCGCGAGCACCUGAAGCCCUCUCCAAAUCUUGAUCUCAUGCUCGAAGAGAUGAACGCGUUUGAGAACGCCUGGCGA